AUGGCGCAAACAAGCUGUGUGGUGGCGCUGGGCCUGGCCCUGGCUGCACUCUGCCUGCUGGCACUGCCCCAAGACGCCCGGGCCCGGCCCGGGGAGCUCAGGACCGGGGUGCGCCAGGAACUGUCGCCCGAUGACCCGCAGGUGCAGAGGGCGACGCAGGUGGCCGUGGCCACUUACAACAUGCACAGCAACAGCGUCUACUACUUCCGCGACACGCACAUCCUCAAGGCGCAGAGCCAGCUGGUGGCUGGCAUCAAGUACUACCUGACCGUGGAGAUGGGGAGCACAGCCUGCCGCAAGACCGCAGUGACCGGAGACCGCAGCGUGGACCUCACCACGUGCCCCCUGGCCACAGGCGCUCAGCAGGAGAAGCUGCACUGCGAUUUCGAGAUGCUGAUGGUUCCCUGGCAGAACACGUCCCAGCUUCUGAACCACAACUGUGUGCCGCUGUACUAGGCCCAUGGGCCGGGGGCCACAGGCCGGGGUGGGAGCGGGCAGCUGCAGUACAGGGUGCUGCAGUGUCCUGGACCACUUCACAAUAAAGUGCUACAGAUGCUUCCUGCAUUAGUCUCUUCUGAAUGCUUCACACCCCUCCUGGCAGCUCCCCAAACCCUGUGCUGCCAGCGCCCAAAGCACCAGAGCUGAGCUUCCACUGGCCGAGCCCACAUGGCCGAGGGUGCUGUUCAGCCCCCAAACCUGAGGCUCCAAACACCCUACGG